CUGGUAUCUGACUCUGCAGACAAGACUAUUAGAUUAUGGAAUACUGCCACGGGUGCUCUUAAGCAUAUACUGAAGGGCCAUUCUGAGUGGAUUUCAUCAGUUGCUUUCUCAGGCGAUGGCCAGAUGCUGAUAUCCGGCUCUAGGGACAAGACUAUCAGGCUGUGGGAUACCGCCACAGGCGCUCUCAAGCAUAACAUACGCACUGAUAAGGUAUCUCUGGGAGCAGGUCGAUGGAUCACUAUUCAGGGUCAAAGAGAGCUAUGGCUACCUCCUAAUUAUCAUCCUCACUCCUUAACUGUUAAAAGCAGUACUAUUGGAACUGGUACCACGACCGGCAGAGUUGCCAUAAUUACGUUCUCAGUCAUGUGAGGUAUCCUGUGGACUGCAUUUCUAGCUCUCUUAUUUUUCA